GCCGGAGGAGCACUCGGGCGCUUACAAGAAGGCGUCGAGCAGCUGCCGUGUGGGGUGCGCGCAUUUCUCGGGUCGGAGGCGAGCAGCGCCAUCCUCCUUUUUCCCCCCUCUCCCGAGCCUCCUUUCGGGGAAUGGGGCUUCACUCCUGAGCCCCCUCCGUGCCCUCCGCACCCCUCGGGACUCUCGCCGGAAUUGUUGCACUACCAGUCACGCCACCUGCUCCGUUCACCCGGGAACAACACUACUCAAGGUGAAGAAUAAUUAUCAACUAAAAUCAGCACUUUGAAAACAAUUUUUGCUUUCCUGUGGUAUUUUGAACUUUUUUUCCUGAUUGUUGUGGUUUGAAACAGAGACUGUAAUUUUGUGCUGUAGCAGCUAUGCAGCUUGAAAUACAAGUAGCACUCAAUUUUAUUAUCUCAUAUUUGUACAAUAAGCUUCCCAGACGACGUGUGAACAUUUUUGGUGAAGAACUUGAAAGACUGCUUAAGAAGAAGUAUGAAGGGCACUGGUAUCCAGAUAAGCCAUAUAAAGGAUCAGGGUUUAGAUGUAUACAUGUAGGCGAAAAAGUGGACCCAGUCAUUGAACAAGCAUCCAAAGAGAGUGGUUUAGACAUUGAUGAUGUUCGUGGCAAUCUGCCUCAGGAUCUUAGUGUUUGGAUUGACCCAUUUGAGGUUUCAUACCAAAUUGGUGAAAAGGGACCAGUGAAAGUGCUUUAUGUGGAUGAUUCCAGUGAAAAUGGAUGUGAACUAGAUAAAGAAAUCAAGAAUAGCUUUAACCCAGAGGCCCAGGUAUUCAUGCCAAUUAGCGACCCCACAUCAUCUGUAUCAAGCUCUCCUUCGCCUCCCAUUGGUCAUUCUGCCACUGUGAGCCCAACCUUCAUGCCCCGUUCCACUCAGCCUUUAACGUUCACCACUGCCACGUUUGCUGCCACCAAGUUUGGCUCAACCAAAAUGAAGAACAGCAGCCGUACCAACAAGGUUGCCCGCACUUCUCCCACUAAUCUUGGUUUGAAUGUCAACGAUCUGCUGAAACAGAAAGCUCUUUCAUCCUCCAUGCACUCUCUCUAUGGUCUUGGCCUCAACAGCCAGCAAGUUUCACAACAGCAACAACCAUCACAACAGCAGCAGAAAACAUCUGCCCUUUCUCCUAACGCAAAGGAAUUCAUUUUCCCUAAUGUGCAGGGCCAAGGUAGUACAAACAACCUGUUCCCUGGAGACAAUCCCCUUAACCUUAGUCCUCUCCAGUACAGUAAUGCCUUUGAUAUGUUUGCAGCCUACGGAGGUCUAAAUGAAAAGUCUUUUGUGGAUGGCUUGAAUUUCAGUUUAAAUAGCAUGCAGUACUCUAACCAGCAAUUCCAGCCUGUUAUGGCUAACUAAACAAAAAUACAAAUCAUAUUGUACAAGUUGAAAUGCACGUACCCAAGGGUGUUAACUUUUUCACCUCUUGAGUUUUUUUCUAAAAAGCUUGUAGUAUGAAUACAUUCAAGCUUGGUUAGAUAAGGACAACAUGCAUCUUUUUUUCAUUUGCCAACCAAGCACAAAGUUAUUUUUUACUGACUGUACAUUAAAUAUAUUCAAGAUAUGGCCUCUUACAGUAUUUAAGAUAUAGCAAGGACAGCUGAUUUUUUA